AUGGAGCAGAAAGAUGAAAAUAAUCAGUCCAAGGACGUUGUCAAGUAUCGAGCCUCCCUUCAAAGCUGCAGAAAUUGGAACUCUCAACUGGCGAAAAAUAGACGGUCCCGGAUCCCGUACUUUGAUUCACAGACGAAUGUUGAUCAGGUGGAGAUAGAAGAACGAACUGCUGGUCUGCGUGAACUCUCAGAUAACAUAUCUGAAGCGUACAGAUAUCCCCAGCGGCGAUGGAGACGACGAAAGGACCCGACUUCCUCAAGAGCGCUGGCGGAAAACCCUGAACAUGGAGUAACUUGCCUCCCAAAUUGGAAAAUAUUCGAAGAUACACCAGAAUUAAAUGAUGCUCAUAUGCAAGAUGAUGAAGGUGAUAGCGAUGAAGAUUUCAAGUUCAAAGGAAGAAGAUCAGCUGGAGGCAGAAAACUGCCUCCUUCUAGACGAUCCUCGGUCCGAUCUACUCGUUUGAGCAAUGACAAUCAGCGCUCUCGGCUAAAGCCUUCCAUCGAUGAUGAUUACGAAGCGUACGAGCCCCAGCAUGAAUGUCAUAUCUGUGGACAUAGAGUUCUGCAUCAAUCUUCUCUUGGAUAUCAUAUGCGGAAAGCCCAUCCAGAGGCUAUUGCUAAACAAUCAACCAGUACUGAUCAAAGACGUCUGUUCAACAACGUCCUCAAUUACGGAAAGUGUGAUGUUUGCUCAAACGGGCCAGAAGCAUCCUCUGAAGAUAUGUCGAUGUUGGUGCAGUGCGGAGGCCCUUGCAAACGUCUUGGGCAUCCUUUUUGCAUGAAUCUACCUUCCAACAUCGUUAAAAACAUUACUAGUUAUCUAUGGGAAUGUCAGGACUGCAAGCAUUGCUCAAAGUGCGGACUUGACGAAAACGACGACAAGCUUCUCUUCUGUGACGACUGCGACCGUGGUGUCCAUCUUUACUGCCUUAAUCCUCCGCUGAAGAAGCCCCCGAGUGGCCAGUGGACCUGUGGAAUAUGCGCCUGA